AUGUCCUCCUCCAACAAGCAACUCGUUCUCUUCGCCGCUCUCGUUCUUCUGUGCGCAUUCGUCGCCGAAACUGAAGCACAAUACUACUACUCGCCCUACUACAGCAGCUACGGUUACUAUGGCUACCCUUCGUACAGCUACGGAUACUACGGAUACCCAUACUAUGGCGGCUACUAUGGUUAUUACGGUAAAACGAGAACUGGCUUUUGGACC